UGUUUGUUUGUGUGUUUGUUUGUGUUUGUUUGGUUGGUUGUUUUUGUUUGGUUGUUUGUUUGUUUGUUUGUUUUCAGGUGGUGGACACAAGCAUGCACACCUCGCUGAUGCACAUCAAUCCGGCGAUGGAGGGCAGAGCCAGGGAGCUUCAGGUCUCCGAGGGCGCGUUGAAGGUCCUGGACUUUGCGUGCGUUUGGCUUCUCGGCAGGCCGAGUCGCCAGGCCGCGUUCUGGUGAUCACGGAGGACCUGCAGCUCAGGCACUUCGGGAGCUUCACGGAGAACAGCUUCCCAGGUGUGAUCAUGCUGGGUGAGCUGAACAAGCUUCUCUUGCAGGAUUCCAGCAGCCGCGUGCUCAGCGAGGUGGCGGCCCGCGGUGGCAACCAGCCUCAGGGCGCCAUGCUGAGCGCGGCAGUCCUUGUCAGGGUGGUCCAGAAUCGCCGGAAGGGUACCGCCCCAGACAGGCGUACCGACUUCCCCGAGCUGCGACAGGAAUUGCACGACGCUUUCUCCCUGAUCACCAAGGUCUUGCGACAUAGGGAUGCAGGCAGUACCGACCAGGCGCAGGCGGCCAGGAUGGAAACUGCAGUUCGGCGCUGGCGCGACCUUUUGGUGCGCGUCUAUUGAGGCAUGGCUCCGAACGUGGAUGCGGAUAUGUCGGAUGACACAUUCAGAAAAA